UUUCUUCUCAGGUUCACUGUUAUUUGUUUGGUGAGCACAAAAAUCUAGCAGACAACCCAAAACAAAAAUCAAAGUAAGAAAAAUCAUUUACAUCAAUGGCAACCAACGCAGAAGGAACACAAAACGAAGCUGGGAGGCACCAGGAGGUUGGCCACAAGAGCCUUUUGCAGAGUGAUGCCCUUUACCAGUAUAUUUUGGAGACCAGUGUUUACCCAAGAGAGCCUGAGCCCAUGAAGGAGCUUAGAGAGAUUACAGCCAAGCAUCCAUGGAACAUCAUGACCACCUCAGCUGAUGAAGGUCAAUUCUUGAACAUGCUUCUCAAGCUCAUCAAUGCCAAGAACACCAUGGAGAUUGGUGUCUACACUGGCUACUCCCUCCUAGCCACAGCUCUAGCUCUUCCCGAAGAUGGAAAGAUCUUGGCCAUGGACAUAAACAGAGAAAACUACGAGCUUGGCCUGCCUGUCAUCGAAAAGGCUGGUGUUGCUCACAAGAUCGACUUCAGAGAAGGCCCUGCUCUCCCGGUUCUUGACCUUAUGGUCGAAGAUGAAAAGAAUCACGGGGCAUAUGAUUUCAUAUUUGUGGACGCUGAUAAGGACAACUACAUCAACUACCACAAGAGGCUGAUUGAGCUUGUGAAGGUAGGAGGAGUGAUCGGGUACGACAACACCCUAUGGAAUGGCUCUGUAGUGGCCCCACCUGAUGCACCACUGCGUAAGUACGUGAGGUACUACAGAGACUUUGUGUUGGAGCUCAACAAGGCUCUUGCUGCUGACCCUAGGAUUGAGAUUUGCAUGCUUCCUGUUGGUGAUGGCAUCACUAUCUGCCGUAGGAUCAAAUGAGGGGGUCCACACCAAAAUUAAAAACGCUCUUUUUAUUUUUCUAAUUUUCCACCCUUUUUUUUUUUGUAUUUUACCAUUUGUAUUUGCAAUCUGAAAGGAACCUGUACGAUUGAAGACAAGCUACCAUAAUAUCAAUGGUGCUGAUUUAAAAUUGUUGUCACAUAAUCUCUCGGUGAUAUUGUUAAAUGUUCUAUAUAUAUUUAAGUUUCAAAUGCAAAAUAAGAUAAAAUUGUUACGGUUAAUGAGAAA